AUGACAGACCAAUUCGCUUUCGAAUACCCCUCCCCAUUGAUGGGCUAUGAAAACCUCGAACCACUACCUGAGGAGAGAAGUGAAGAUGGGAAGUCCUUCAAGAAUCCUCAGCAUGGCGUUUUGAGCAAAGCCUAUGAGGAAUUCCCCGAUCCCCUCAAUAAGGGUCGACAGGGUGGUUUUGAUAUUCAUAUCUAUCAUUUCCAGAAUAACCCGGAUCAAGCUGCAUAUGCCAAAGCUCUAUGGGAAAGAAUUCGACGAGAAUUCCCCGAACUCCGAAUCUACACAUUCUUCGACCGACCCAUCGGUCCACACCCAGUGGCAAUGUUCGAAGUGAACCUAUUUACACCCGCGCAAUUCGGCGCAUUCGUUCCCUGGUUGGUUAUCAACCGUGGUCCACUGAGUGCACUUAUCCAUCCGAAUACUGUGCACAGUGAAGAAGAGCGUAACCAUACCCAGCGUGCUACUUGGCUUGGGGAUCGGCUUCCCUUGGAUUUGAGGAUCUUUAAGCUUAUGAAGGAGAAGGAGAGGAAGGAAGCUGAGGAGGCGGAGAGGACUCAGAAGGGGAGCUUAUAG